UAUUGUAAACAUCAGCUGAGGCAAAGGAAGGGAGGAAGAACGGGAAAGAGAAAAUUAAACUCUUCUCCUCCUCACUCCUUGACCUGACCUCCCCGCGCCGCCUGCAGGUGAGAGAAGCAACACCAUGACAACACCUUCACCUUAAUCGACCGAGCACAGGAACGACCUUGAAUUCUUGUGACGACUCGGCAAGCCAAGGAGAGGAAGGCAGCGAGUCAGCACACACACGCACACACAUACAUACACGGCAAGAUGACAACUGAAGAUAAAUUCCAAGCUGCGGUGAACAUUAUUAGAAGUUUGCCGAAGGAUGGCCCAUACCAGCCCUCCCACGGUAUGAUGCUCAAGUUCUAUGGGCUGUACAAGCAGGCAGUGGAGGGCCCAUGCACCGAGCCCAAGCCUGCCUUUUACGAGGUGGUUAAGGGGUACAAGUGGCAUGCUUGGCACUCCCUCGGCACCAUGACCAAAGCAGAGGCUAAAAAUUGCUAUGUGGAGGAGCUUAAGAAGAUCAUCGAGACAAUGGCAUACACAGAAAACGUAGCAAACUUCAUAGACAUGCUGGGGCCGUUUUAUGAGUACGUGGACUUGCCGGGGAAGAAGAAGCUAAACAACAACACCUCCAAGGGCCCUCCUCCCCGCGACCUCUCUGACUCCGGCAAUGAGGUCACCGACAGCAGUGGCGGCAGCGGGAACAACAGCCCUGUACCCAUGGGUGUGAAUGGAGUGCAUUUAGAUGUGGGUGUUGGUGUCACCGCACUUCCCCCUCCUCCUCCUUCUCCUCCACUUCUUCAUUCAUCUCCUCCUCGUCCUCCUCCUCCUCCUCGGGCUGCUCUUCCUCAGGGUUCAUCGCCGCGAGGUGUGGCAAAUGUUGUGGAGGAAGAAGAUGAAGAAGAUGAUUCCAAAGACGAAGAUGAAGAAAGUGAAGAAGAAGAAGAAGAGGAAGAAGAGGAAGAUAACGAGGACACACAGAUAACAAGGACAGGUGCCCAGCCAGCAACAGCAGCAGCAGCAGCGACUCACAGAGUAUUCAGUGACUCAGACUCAGAUGAGGAAUACUCGGAGCCUGCAGAGAGUUUCACAUACCUCUCCCUGGAAACCCAACCCUCCACCCCUUCCCCCCACCACACCACCACUACCACCACCACCACCACCACCAUGGAGCAACUUAACACGCAACCAGACUCCGAGGAGCCAGCGCAGGGCAGCCCAUACAGCUUGCCGCAGCCCAGAGAAUUGCAGGAUGGGGCUGUGACAUGCGGGGGUGGAGACAAGAGUCAUCCGGGUGGGCUGCAGAUGACCCCUGGCAGAGGUAUGCAAGGCUACCACAACACAGGCCACCCCACCUUGCCCCUGGCCUUCCCCUCCCCGACACACCCAAGCCCCGGCCUGUGGAGGGGCGUGGGCGGGGCAGGGGGUGGUGGCGGGAGGGGCGGGGGAGGUAGGCGGGGCAACGAAGGAGGAGCAGGAGGGAGCCGAGUGGAGGAGGACGUGAGUGCGCAGCUGGUGGUUGUGUUGCAUCGCCUACAGACAGACAUGGAGAGUGUUUUACAUCGACUCAACACUCUGGAGACACUUACUCUCUCCCAGCAUCAUGCGUUGUGUCGCCAGUGUCAGGGUAGCAGCAGCAGCAGCACGGUGACCCCAAACAGCACAGGACUCUCAUGGUGGCCCUUUCCUGAACUGUCACCUCGUUCCACCUUCUUUCUGCUGCUGUGGCCAAUAUUCCUCCACCUUGGGUUCCGCCUGCUGCCCCUCAUCAGGUGUCGGAGGAAACGCUCUUAAGGGGCACGUCUGUGUGUGUGUAUGUGUGUGCGUGGCAGCUGUGUUGUGGAGGAAGUCACAAGGAAGAAGGGCACAAACAAGUAAACAAAACAAGCAAACAAACAAACAAACAAAUGACAAAUAAAGCAAACUGAUAAAUGACAAAACAGGACCAAGAGAGAGAGAGAGAGAGAGAGAGAGAGAGAGAGAGAGAGAGAGAGAGAGAGAGAGAGAGAGAGAGAGCAAAUAAAUGAAUGAAAAAAAUAAUAGAAAAAUAAAAAGAUAAAUAAAUGAAGUUAGUAAAUCACUCACUCAUUUUCUCUCUCUCUCUCUCUCUCUCUCUCUCUCUCUCUCUCUCUCUCUCUCUUGCUCUAAAUACCCACACAUAAGGAUAAGUGGACAUAAACCCUUCUUUCAUAUAGGGACUGCCAUGUGUAGACCCUCACUCUAAUUCUCCCCCUCGCUCUAUUUCUGGUCUUGCUGUCUCUAUCCUCACUCUAUUUCUCCCCUUGCUCAAUCCCUGCUCUUGUUCUGUUCCUGCCCUCGCUCAAUUUCUGGUCUCGGUCUAAUUCUGCCCUCGGUCUAUCCCUGCGCUCACUCUAUUUCCAGUUAGAGCGAGGUGAAUAAGGGUGUGUCCAACUGACUCGCUCUAAAUGUUCUCUACCUGUUUUUGAGACAUUAGAGCAAGAGGAACAAAAAUGACCAUGUGUCCACUGCUCGCUCUAAUCUCACCUCGCUCAAAAUGUCUUCUGGUGGUUGUCUGUGAGAGAUUAGAGCGAGACUCGGACAGUAGUGAUGAUUUGCAUUUCUCGCUCUAAUCUCACCUUGGUCAAGAUGUCUUCUGAUGGCUGUUUGUGAGAGAUUAGAGCAAGGAUACCAGUUUUUGUUCUAAUCUUGCCUCGCUCUAAAUGUGAGAGAUUAGAGCGAGGCUUGAACGGGGACUAGUGAAUGCUUUAACAACCCUUUCUCUCUUCUCUCUCUCUUGGCUCGCUCUAAAUAUCUGAAUGACGGCUGUUUGAGCGAGAUGAGAGUGGGAUUAGAGCGAGUGGGUUUUGAAAAGGAGAGAAUAAAGAGGGUUUCUGUUAUUAUUGCUAUUAUUAUUAUUAUUAUUAUUGUUAUCAUUAUUAUUAUUAUUAUUAUUAUUAUUAUUAUUAUUAUUAUUAUUAUUAUUAUUAUUAUUAUUAUUAUCUAUAUUGGCAGUUUUUUGUGAUUUUAAAGAUAAGGAAAAGAUGAUAAUAAUAAUGAUAAUAAUAAUAAUAGAAAAGAAAAUAGUUAUUUCAUUUAAUUACAAAAGAAAGAAGAAAGAAAAUGAAUAAUGAAAUGAAAGAGAUAAAGAAGAAAAAGGGAAAAGGAUUGGUAAGAGAAGUGAAGAAAGGAAGAAAAAAGGUGAAAGAAAGGAAGAAUGAGGAAAUGAGGAAUUAAUAAGGAAAUAAGGAGGAAAACUGAUAAUGUAAAUAAAGAAAAGAAGAAAAGGCAGAGGACAGAAUAAUAAAGGAAGACAAAAAGAAAAAGCAAAAAAGAAAGAAGAAAGAAGACAAGAGGAUUAUGAAAGGGAUGAAUAAAAUGAUGUGCAAUAAAGUAGAUAAAUAAAGAAGACAUGAUAACUUUAGGUGCUCUGUGAUUGGUUGUGUGUGUGUGUGUGUGUGUGUGUGUGUGUGUGUGUGUGUGUGUGUGUGUGUGUGUGUGUGUGUGUGUGUGUGUUAUUCUUAUUUACAAGUCAGAUUGAUAAAUAAAUAAUAAAGAAAUACAUGAAUAAUUUUAAGAUUGCUUUUAUGUUUAGUUUAAAAAAAUAUAUAUUAUUAUUAGGGAAAUUAUAUCUAAAAGUGAAUAUUUUAUUAUUUUUUACUCUAUUACUUAUAAGGAGACAUUUUACAGGGAUUAUUAUUAUUAUUAUCAUAUAUAUGUAAUUCAUUUAUGUAUGUUUUAAUUAUUUGUUCCUAGCGUGAACUAUGUAACUGUGACUAUGAUGAUAACCAAAAAAAAAAAAAAUAAUAAUAAUAGUAAUAAUGAUGAUAAUAAAAGCAGCAUUCUUCAUCAUUAAAACGAACAGAAACGAAGGAAAAAUAUUAACGUUUUUUCCCGAAUUAUUACCCAAGGUGCAAAUAUUUUCUUUUCCCAGCCACCUCUGUUUCCCCAAUAAGCGUUUAGGCACGUAUCGUUUGCCCACUCCCCUCCCCAUCCUUCCCCUCUAGCCACAAGCACACCUGUAGCCCCUGUGUACCAUCGCCUCGGCCACAUCGCUGUAGCUCACCAAUAAAACUGGUUUGAUAAAA